AUGAACGACUCAUACCUGCAGUUUCUUAAAGGGCAGAAACCUGCAAACAGCACGUCUUUGCCUCCUAAUGACAGCACGGUUGAUCCUCCAGCAGGGGCGCUGUGCAAGCAGGUUCAGAUCCAGGCGGAGGUUUUUCUCACCUUGGGUAUUGUGAGUCUUCUGGAGAACAUCCUCGUCAUCUUGGCCGUGGUCAAAAACAAGAACCUUCACUCUCCGAUGUAUUUUUUCCUGUGCAGCCUGGCUGCUGCAGACAUGUUGGUGAGUGUAUCGAACUCUUUGGAGACCAUUGUCAUUGCUGUACUAAACAGUCGCCUUUUGGUGGCCAGUGACCAUUUUGUGCAUUUGAUGGACAAUGUGUUUGAUUCAAUGAUCUGCAUUUCUCUUGUGGCAUCAAUCUGCAACCUCUUGGCGAUUGCUGUCGACCGCUACGUCACGAUCUUCUACGCCUUACGCUACGACAGCAUAGUGACUGUACGCAGAGCAUUGGUGGCCAUCGCUGCGAUCUGGUUUGUGUGCGUGGUUUGUGGAAUCAUCUUCAUAGUGUACUCGGAGAGCAAGACCGUGAUUGUUUGUCUAAUUACAAUGUUCUUUGCCAUGCUGGUGCUCAUGGCCACUCUCUACAUACACAUGUUUCUUCUCGCCAGACUUCACAUCCAGAGAAUCGCAGCAUUACCCCCUGUAGCAGCAGCAGCCGGCAACUCGGCCCCACGUCAACGCAGCUGCAUGAAGGGAGCUGUGACCAUCUCCAUCCUCCUCGGCGUGUUUGUGUGUUGCUGGGCGCCGUUUUUCCUCCACCUCAUUCUGCUGGUGUCUUGUCCGCACCAUCCGCUCUGCCUCUGCUACAUGUCUCACUUCACCACAUACCUGGUCCUCAUUAUGUGCAACUCUGUGAUUGACCCCCUCAUCUACGCCUGCCGUAGUCUGGAAAUAAGGAAGACCUUUAAGGAGAUACUCUGCUGUUUUGGCUGUCAGCCUCCACUUUAG